CCGCGGGUGUACACAUGGUUUGCCAGGGUGUGCGCGUCUUCCCAAGGGGUCUGGGGACCAAAUUCCAGCUCCCACCAUCGGGAGGCACGGUAAGAGACCGUAGGGGACACAAUCCCGAGCACCGCAGAUGCCGAGGUCUCCGCUGCGCUCCAGUCUGUCAACAGAGGCUUCAGGAGCGCGGGGUCCCUUCAAAUGCCCCGCCAGUCCCAGGCCAAUCACCGCGCAGCUUCUUCCGGGAUCGUCGCCAAUCAUCGGCCGUUGCGUAUUGCGGGUACAGAGGGAAUCCUCGAAUCCCUAGCAGCCAGUCCCUGCUACUUCGGUUGCCUUGGCUGCGUUCGGACGCCACGGCUGGGCGGGGCCGCCCUUCCUGUGGACAACGACAGCUGAGGCCGGGAGAGGGGAGGCGGCGGCUCCAGGGACCUGGCGGCCGCCGAUCGGGGCUGCGAGGCCCCAUGGCGCCGCCCCCAGCCCCGCUCCUGGCGCCGAGGCCCGGGGAGACCCGGCCUGGUUGCAGGAAGCCCGGGACUGUGAGCUUCGCGGACGUGGCCGUGUACUUCUCCCCGGAGGAGUGGGGCUGUCUGCGGCCCGCGCAGAGGGCUCUGUACCGGGACGUGAUGCAGGAGACCUACGGCCACCUGGGCGCGCUCGGAUUCCCAGGCCCCAAACCAGCCCUCAUCUCUUGGAUGGAACAGGAGAGUGAGGCUUGGAGCCCCGCCGCCCAGGAUCCUGAGAAGGGGGAAAGACUGGGAGGAGCUCGGAGAGGAGAUGUCCCAAACAGGAAGGAAGAGGAACCCGAGGAAGUCCCAAGAGCCAAAGGGCCUAGAAAGGCUCCUGUGAAGGAGAGUCCUGAAGUGCUGGUGGAACGCAACCCUGACCCAGCUAUUAGCGUGGCCCCGGCACGGGCACAGCCACCCAAAAAUGCUGCCUGGGACCCGACCACAGGAGCACAGCCCCCGGCACCCAUACCCAGCAUGGAUGCUCAGGCCGGCCAGCGGCGCCACGUGUGCACGGACUGCGGCCGCCGCUUCACCUACCCCUCACUGCUGGUCAGCCACAGGCGCAUGCACUCGGGGGAGCGGCCCUUCCCCUGCCCCGAGUGUGGCAUGCGCUUCAAGAGGAAGUUCGCAGUGGAAGCGCACCAGUGGAUCCACCGCUCCUGCUCCGGGGGGCGGCGGGGCCGGAGGCCUGGGAUCCGGGCUGUGCCUCGGGCCCCCGUCCGAGGUGACCGGGACCCGCCUGUGCUCUUCCGGCACUACCCAGACAUCUUCGAGGAGUGCGGCUGAGCGGCACCGCAGGCUGGAGUUGAGCCUGACCUUGGCACGAAGGACUGACGGAUCCCUGAGGUGGGCCACUGAGUCGGGGACUCCGGAACUGAAAUUCAUGCCCUGGGCUUUCCUCAAGGAUCCCUCAAGUUUCCAACUUGUAAAAAGAAAAGUGCCUGUAAAGAUUCGAAUAGAUUAGACUUGCCACCCAUCUCCCCAGUCUUUUGUUUAACAAAAAAAAAAAAAAAAAAAGAA